UGGCUGAAACAGAGGAGAGACUGAGUGAACUGAGACAAGAGGACAAGUCUGUGAUGGAGUAUGUCGCUGAGCUGCAGCAUUUGUGGGCUGAUUUAGAUCACUAUGAUCCUCUGGAGCUCCAUCAUGCAGAUUGCAUUGCUGCUACUAGAAAGUGGAUUGAACGCAGGCGAGUGAUGAAAUUUCUGAAAGGCCUAAACUCUGAGUUCGAGGGAAGACGUGCUGCAUUGUACCAUCAGCCUUCACUUCCCACUCUAGAGGAUGCCAUAGCAGCGAUCGCACAGGAAGAGGUCAGAUUGAAGUUGACAAAGAGCAACACAACAACUCCAUCUCGUCCAGCCUUCGUUGUAACCCAAAGCUUGGAGACUAGGGACUGCUUCAACUGUGGUGAGAAUGGUCAUUUGAGCCGAAAUUGCACAGCCCCACGCAGGGGAAUUCGGGGUAGAGGAAGAGGAUAUAAUAGAGACGGAUUAAGCAGAGGCAGAGGCCGAGGCCGAGGAUACUCAAGUGGCCCUAGAGCAAAUGUGGCAUUCUCCGAAGAAGAAUCCUCGGGCACAUCUCAUGAAGAGCUAAAGAAGGAAGCAAAUGUGACUAAUGAUGGCGGUUAUGGGGACUUCAGCUUCGACAAGUUCGCUCACCUUGCCUACACCGAUGAAGGCUGACUGGAGAGAGGCUUGGGACCGGAACCAGGCAUAAGGGACUGUGGUAUAUGGACCGGGAGGUGACAAACGAUGCAGUAUGUACUGUACUAGCAGCAACUGCGGGAGAGAAGGAAGCCAUGGUGAUGCUUCAACAUUGUAGAAUGGGACAUUUGUCUUUUGAUAAAAUGUAUAAGGUUGUGCCUGAUGUGAUGUGUGGGGUGGAUAAAAACAAAUUAGUGUGUGAUGCUUGUGAGUUUGGGAAACACACUAGAACAUCCUAUGUGAGUAGGGGACUCCGGAGUAUCUCGCCUUUUGUGCUUAUUCAUUCAGAUGUCUGGACAUGCCCUGUUAUCUCUAUCAGUGGAAUGAAGUACUUCGUGACAUUCAUUGACUGUUAUUCUCGCAUGACAUGGGUGUAUCUUAUGAAGCAUAAAAAUGAGGUAUUUAGAUGUUUCCAGGACUUUUAUGCUUAUGUGAAAAAUCAGUUCCAUACACAGGUGCAGGUAAUUAGGACAGACAAUGGGACUGAGUAUGUGAAUAAAGAGUUUGGUGCAUUCUUGUCAGCAGAAGGUAUAUUGCACCAAACCUCCUGUCCAGAUACGCCCCCUCAAAAUGGAGUAG